GUCAAAUUCAUUUAUCUUAAGUAAAACGUUCGCAUAACUUUGGUUCGGUUCCGAUUUCUCAAUGGCGUACCUCCGUUUGUUUUUUACAGGCCUCAAGCUGAGAGGCCUUGAGAAGAUAGCGAUCGAAGAGAAAAAAGAUGCUCUACAAAUACACAGAAAGAACACAACUGGAACACGAUUUCGAUUCAGACACUGCCCUGCAUACGUACAACAGAAAUGUCUGAAACUGAAUUCGAAGCUUCUCCAAACAUGUGGAUUACGUAAAUUUUGGUUCAAGCUACGAUACAAUGGCAGCUGCGAAAACUACGUCCUCAAAAGCAUUGUAGGAGUUUUUUGUGGUUUCUUCCUGACCUAUAUUUUCUUCCUGUUUUCUGUGUUUCAACUAAAUUUUUCUAUAACUACAGCAACUAUAUUCUGCAUGGUUCUAGGAUGUAUCCUUAUAAUAGGACUAGCCUUCAGCUCAAGAGUUAGAUGCAUAACGCUGUUGACUGUACCACAAUUUUUUUCAGAAAAAGGUAGACAAGCUUUGCUGGCUUAUGCUUUCAUGCUGACACUAACAGGUCCUGCAAGAAAUAUCGCAAACAACAUGGGAAUCUUAAGCGAAUCUUUGGCCUGUGGUCAGGAACAACUCAAAGCUGCAGUCAGGCAAAUAAUUGAUGCUGUUAAAAAACCUUUCCUAGCGAUACGAGAUGCGAUCAAAACGAUUAUAAAAACAGCCAAAGAGAUCAUAAAGAAGAUAAAAGAAUUGCUACUGAAGAUUAAAAGAAUCAUAAUGGCGAUAGUGAGAGUCAUCAAAGCAGCGUUUGAGUUCCUGGCCAAGAUCAUCAAUUUGUGUAACAAGGAGCUGGGAACGCCUUUCGAAAGGUGUGCAAGGGUAUUUGAAGACGCGAUUGCAGAUUGUAAUGCAAAAAUGGGUCCGAUGUUCAGUUGGUUAUGUUCAAUUGUUUAUAUUGUUAAGAGUGUAUGUUACGUAGUGAAGGUUUUCGAUCUUGUCUGUAUGGUUGUAGACUUCAUCAGCAAUUCUAUAAUAGGAGUAGUUAUAAGGAAAGUAAAAAUAUUCGUUAGGCAUAUCAAGGUGAUGUUUUAUAUCCGUAUUCGGUUUUCGCAUUCGUACAAGUACCAAAUGAACGCUUCUAAAACUAUGUCCGAUGUGUCCAGAGAUAUUAUGGCUGAAGUGAAACAUAGGACUGAAACGUUUAGAGCAAUAGUGAAGUUCCUGACAUCAGCUGCUGCGUUGUUUUUCAUGUUCAUUGUUUUCAAGGUAGUUUAUUAUAGGUAUAGGUUCUUAACCAGUGAUGCAUUCGAUAAUAAGUACAUUACGAAACAGUUCCGUGAAAUUGAUAUGGCCAGAGCUAGAUUGGGGAAGGAAACUGUGUUGCCACUUAGUAAUAGAGAAAAGCAGGAUUAUGUCAGAAUCGGCUCAAGCAGGCUAAUAAAGACAGAAAGAAAGCAUUUGGCAAAAGUGAUGACAACAUUGUUGAAGGCUACAUUGAAACUAUCCCUGUACAUGGCGGCUGAUUACUGCCUGUUCUACAUCCUAGAUUUGAUAAGGUUUCAUGGCAGGUUUCAGUCCAAGGUCAAAGCUCCGAAUAUGCCUACUGCUCACAUCGCUGGAGAAGGUCUUAUUGCAAGGCUAUUGCGAGCUAUUGUGAAGGCGUUCCAACCUUUGGGAUUGGAGUUGGAAAUAGACACGGUGCCAUGCUUACCAACGCCUAUACCACCAGAUUAUGAUAGAUAUAUACAGAUCGCAACAACUCUUCUCCUCUGCUGGGUGCUGACCAUCCUCCAACCGUACGGUUUGAGACUCAGAUUUGUCGUGAUGUGCUACUACCAUCCACUGCGAGCUAAGCAGAAAGCCAUUUGGCUGUACAAUCACAUGAUCAGAAGGAGAAAUACGUUCCUCAAGUUCAUCAGGAGACAACUGAAGAGAAAGUUUUUUGGCAGUAAAGACGUCGAAAAAGUGACUUGCAAAGAGUACUUGGCAGCCAAUUUCAAGUAUUUGGCUGUGUGCUUAGGCGAAAAACAACAAGCAUGCGUGGUGUGUGGAACAGUGUUCAGAGAAUCUGAUACCAAGAAGCCUAUCAGGUGUGCAACCCCAGGAUGUGCUGGGCUCUACUGCGAAGAAUGUUAUGUCAAUAUGAAAAAUUUAUGCACCGUUUGUCUAUCACCCAUAGACUACGGAGAUAUUUCUGAUAUUAACGAGGAGCAGGAUUCGUCUGAAGAUAGUACACAACCAGUUGUUAAGAAAAAGCGGAUCAAGCGGAGGGCAAGAAAUUGCCUUAGGAGGUGGUGCAGUUGCUGUCCUUGUUUCAGUAUAGCUGAUGAAGAGGAUGGAGAUAUCAAGGUAUCCAAGAAAAAAUCGUAUAUAUGGAGGUGGUUGGGAACUCGUAAGAACUCAAAGAAAAAAUGCAAGAUAUGCAAGUGCUUCAAAAGAGAUACUCCUAACACUUCAGAUGACGAUUCUGAUAUGUUACUGAAGCGGAAACCUGAUUUAGAUGAUAGAGAUGUUGAAGAUCAGAAAAUACAUGGAAACGACUCUGACUACUACAGUAGCAGUGAACCUACUACUGACUAUUCUUACUCUUAUCAAUACGAGAGGCGUUCUGAUAUUGUUUCACAAGACAACCAAUCUGCGAGACUUCCUUUUAAAGAUCUCGAAAAGCAAGAAAUUCCGGAUUAUGUCAAAAUUGACGAUAUAGAACUCACAGACGGGGACGCUGAAGAACACAAAACUUCAGAGGUGGAAAAUGGAAAAACUGUAUCACUACCGUCCUACCGCUCGAUUGCCGAAUUUGGUGUAGAUUCAAGCGGUAAAAGUCAAGGAAUGAAAAAAAUGCAACCUUUGGAAGAGGGACCCCUGUAUAAGGUUGCAUCUACCAACUUCCCUGACGUCGUGUCUGAUGGGAUAGAAAGGAUACCUGUGACGGACCCGCUUGGAAGAAGCAUCGGUACCAGGAUAUCUGAAGAUGCGUUGGAAGACAUACCUCUAAAUGAGGUCCCUACAAGAAGCGUUGGUACCAGGAUAUCUGGAAAAUCCUUUCAGAGAGCAAGGCAGGGAAGACUUGUCUCGUUCCGAUCUUUGUGGAGACAAUCGUCGAUCAGUAAGGAAUCUGAGCCCCUUAUAAGCCCCACAUGUCUUUGUGAAUCGAGCUCUGAUGAUGAAUUUUGA